UCCUUAUAACACAAUACAUAACUUUUAAAAAUAAAAAAAAUAAUCAAAAAAAGUUACAUUAACCAUCCCCAAAUAUUUAUUACUAAAAACCAACAAUAAAGGGUUCUUGUACACUAAAACUGGGAUCCCUAGCAUGCGCAAGGACCUGUAAAUUAUGUUCCUUCAUCCAAUAGCUGCAUAAAAUCUCGUUCACAAUAUUCUUUUUUUUUCUUCUCUAGAACAUAGAAAGUAACGACAUAUAGUGCGUGUUAAGGCUUAGAAGUGGGAAAAAAACAUGUUAUCCCAAUUAUGUGUGUGCAAUCAUCCCUCCAAAAACUAAUCAAGAAUUAUAUUGGUAAAAAAUUCAGUGCUCGUAAUCUCGUGAACGUAAAACUUCCAAAAUUUGCAAAUUUCUUUAUUUUUUUGCCAAUAUCAUCCUAUGUCAGUUUCAAUGUGAGUUUUUGUGUGUAUGUGCAUUAAGAAUUUAAGUAAUAAAUUCUUUAGGUCAAACUAAUAACCAUCUCGAUAAAUUCUCAAAGUGAAAUAUUUCUAGUAAUUUUUCCGGGCUUUUGAGUUGCAAAAGUUGGCCGAGGUCAGGGACGGGUAAUGUAUUGGAUACCAUCAAUUUCGAGAAAUUGUGCUGCUCCAAUUCAAUUUGAAGGCGAGUAAGGGUAGCAAAGCAUACCAUCAGCAGCGAAUACAAAAGGGACAGACAUCCUACUAAUACCUAUAUCCACUAUAAGUAUAUACUAUUUGACGAGUGUGAUGUAGGUGCACGAAGGAAAUGUUUUCUACAAUGUUGGAUGUUGUUGGAGGUGAAGAGGUGGUGUAAAUAAAACUCCUCUUAUACAAGUUCUAUCGAAGCCCCGAAGCCAGUUACAGAGGAUUUCAAUUAAAAAUAAUCAUCAUGGUUCUUAGGCUUCUUUGUAUAAUGGCAAUAUUCUAUCCAGCCAUUCCUAUUGCAAGAUCAACAACAACACCACUUAAACGUCCAAAAGCUGGUGAUCCGUUCGAUCUAUUUCCGAAAAACUUCUGGCAGGAGUUUUCAUCACCAUUUACAGAUACUCCCGACGAUGAGGAGUUUCAUGUUAUUGAAGCGACAACACACGAGCCGUUUCCUUUUUUCGCCGAACCAUAUACAACAGUUAAUGUUAGUGCACAAUUGGGAACAAAUGUCUACCUUCAUUGCCGUGUAAAUGAUCUACAGGGAAAAACAGUUUCUUGGAUGCGAAGGAAAGGAGAUGAUUUAACUCUAAUAACAUUUGGAAGGCAUACUUACAGCAGCGACUCAAGAUAUUCAUUUGAUUUUGAGGAGCCUAAUGACUGGAAACUACAAAUACAAUAUGCUAACGAAAGAGAUGACGGCCCUUACGAGUGUCAAGUUUCAUCCCAUCCACCAUUAGUGUUGUUAGUUUAUUUAUCAGUUAUUGUCCCACAAGUCCAAAUAGUUGACGAAAGAGGAUCUUCGACCCCAGAAAAAUAUUAUAAAACUGGCAGCACUAUUGAACUUCAAUGUGAUAUUACAAAAAUUCCACAACCAUCAUCUUAUAUCACAUGGAAGCAUGGAGAUCGAAUGCUUAACUAUGAUACAAGUCGAGGAGGAAUUAGUGUCAAAACUGAUAUCCUGCCUGGUAGGGUGCUGAGUCGUUUAUAUAUUGCAAAUGCCAAUAAGCAUGACACUGGAAAUUAUACGUGCAUGCUCAGUAAUGUUAUCGCCGUAACUGUUGCAGUUCACGUUCUUAAUGGUGAAGAACCAGCAGCCAUGCAACACUCUUGUGGUUCUACUAAGGGGGUUUCUUUUAUCUGGGUUGUGUUAUUCGCCUUUUUUAUAGGCUCUUUUCCACUCCGAUGACAGCUUUAAGGUUCAAUAUAAAUAUUAAAAAAAAAAAAAAAAAAAACCAAAACAAAA